AUGCUCAAGCGGGACAGGCCACAUGCAACCAUCAUGCUGACGUCACCAACUGGAGGAGCCCUUGACAACCGCAAAACAUUCUAUGGAACCCAGACUACGGAACACUUGUUGAACAUUCUCUACUGGCUAGCAGUUGCUGACGUCAGCUCAGCGAGCCUGCAGAAGGCACCAUCUCCUUUGCACACUAGAGCUGACCAAGAAGUGAUUCUGCCUCCAGCCCAGUGUCAAGGCUCACACACACGUCCAGGGAAUAUUGUAAUACCAAUUCACUCUCCAAUGAUUAUAAACCUCAACGAUGAAGAGGAUGAUGAAGAAGAUGAUGAAGAGGACGAUGAAGAGAACUAUGUUACUGACUGUGUGCCUAAGACUGCUGAGGAUAUCGAAGAGGAAAGAGCAAUAAAGGAAAUAUGCUAUAAAUCUGGAGAGUUUUACGGGAUUCAGCAGCCUGGCCAACGGCAGUCACCUAACCCUGUGUCACCGUCCCAGGAAACUGAGCUACGGCCCUCGGAAGCUACCCAGUGGGACUUGCAGAAAGCCAAGUACUUUUCAUCGCCUCGGACAAUGGGUGUUUCUCACUGGGUGGAUAAGACUGCUGAGGAUAUCAAAGAGGAAAGAGCAAUAAAGGAAAUAUGCUAUAAAUCUGGUGAAAGCAAUACAAUUCCUGCAGAAUUGAGCAACACAAGUAGAGGAGGAGGAGGGAGUACGGGAAGGAGAGUACCAAAAGCGAGUAUUUCCAGAACUGGUUGCAGAUCCUUUGAAAAUGGAGGAAGCCACACUGCCAGUCCCAAAGUACAGCCCAGUUACCAAACAAAUGGUCAAAGUAAAGAUGGUGAAACUUCUUCUCUUCCACGUGACAGAGAAACCGGGAGAAAGCCUAACUUCUGUUCUUCAGAACCACGAAGAUCAGCAUAUGUAGUCUACCGUUCUGUCACUGUCACCCAAGAACCAAAGUUCACUGGACCUAGAGCAGUUCCCGAGCCAUCUGUUCGAAAAUGCUCCAAAGGAAAGAAUGAACCUGGCGAGAAUAGGGGAUUUGUGACGCAAACAGGAAACUGUGACAAAUACACUUCAGGAUCCUAUAAUGCACCAACUCCGAGGAAGAGAAAUCCACAGGCAAAACCAACCAUUCAGCACCAAGAAGACAUGGAAGUGAACCGAAAAGGAAAACGAUGUGAAGACAGGAGGGGGAUGAAUAAAGUACUUGAAUUCACAAGAAAAAUCUGA